AAUUUUGAGGGGAUAUGAAGUGAUCCAUCAUCAUCAUGUGUAUGUGAUGUGGGUGGGAUAGACCUUUCUAUUGGGAUUUUUGCACGUAUGUGAAUAAUAUGUUGCCUUCGAAACCUCGAUUCAUCUUCAUAGCUUAUAUCCUUAACACAAAAAUAACGUUAAAUGGGACGCAAAUAUGGUGGGUGAGAAUUCAUUUACAGCAAUAUAUCAACGGAAGUCAAUGGAAUUUAGAUCGUUAUACAAUAAAUCUUUCGUUGAAGAGCAAUUAAUGUCGUCCUUUACUUCUUACCAAUUGUUGCAUUCAUGCAUGCAGUCUCAUCCUUUCUCGACCAUAUCAAAUCUUUAUCCACAUUUGUGCUUCCAUAUAUUACCCGCCGGCUUAUACACUAUUAUCCGUCCUCUCCCCUUUUCAUCUCUUCGUCUUCUGUUGAUCUUUCUUGGAUAGACCGGUGACAAAUCUGCAGUAGAGUAAUGCCGUCUGUAGUUUUGGCGAGUUCGGAUGGCGGCCCGAAGCAGUUCGAGGGGAAGAUCACGUCCUACGUGGUCAUCUGUGGGAUUAUUGCUGCCACCGGAGGAUUGAUGUUUGGAUACGACAUCGGCAUCUCCGGAGGAGUUACAUCAAUGGAUGACUUCCUGGAGAAGUUCUUCCCUGAUGUGUACGUGAAGAAACACCGGGCCAAGGAGAACAACUACUGCAAGUACGACAACCAAGGCCUGCAGCUCUUCACCUCGUCGCUCUACCUCGCCGCGCUGGUGUCGAGCUUCUUCGCCUCCAAGUCGUGCACCAAGUUCGGCCGGAGGCUCACGAUGCAGGCGGCGUCCGUCUUCUUCUUGAUCGGCGUCGUGCUCGAUGCCGCCGCCCGAGACCUCGCCAUGCUCAUCAUAGGGAGGAUUCUCCUCGGCAUGGGCGUCGGAUUCGCCAACCAGGCGGUUCCGUUGUUUCUGUCGGAGAUCGCGCCGGUGCGAAUCCGAGGCGCCCUCAACAUCCUCUUCCAGCUCGAUGUAACCAUCGGAAUCCUCGUCGCCAACAUCGUCAACUACUUUGCCUCGAACCUCCACCCGUGGGGGUGGCGGCUGUCCCUUGGCCUCGCCGGCGUGCCGGCCACGAUCCUGUGCUUGGGCUCCUUCCUCAUCACCGAGACGCCGACGAGCCUAAUCGAGCGCGAGAAGACGGAUGCAGGCUUGGCCAUGCUCAAGAAGAUCCGAGGAACAGAGAACGUGGAGCUGGAGUACCAGGAGAUCGCGCGGGCCUGUGAGACGGCGCGGCAGGUGAAGCACCCGUUCCGGACGCUGAUGAAGCGGCACAGCCGCCCGCAGCUGGUCAUCGCCGUGCUGAUGCAGGUGUUCCAGCAGUUCACGGGCAUCAACGCCAUCAUGUUCUACUCGCCCGUCCUCUUCCAGACCAUCGGGUUCAAGAACGACGCCUCGUUGCUGUCUGCCGUCAUCACCGGCACCGUCAACACCCUCUCCACCGUCGUCUCCAUCGUCCUGGUGGACCGAGUCGGCCGGAGGAUGUUACUGCUCGAGGCCUGUGUUCAGAUGCUUCUCUCACAGGCUCUCAUCGGAAUCCUCCUGCAAGUGAAUCUGAAAUCAAACAACACGCUCCAUCAAGGAGUGGCAGUGCUGGUGGUGGUGCUGGUGUGCCUCUACGUGUCGAGCUUCGCAUGGUCAUGGGGGCCUCUCGGGUGGCUGAUACCCAGCGAGAUCUUCCCCUUGGAGACGAGGACCGCCGGAUUCGCCUUCGCCGUGAGCUCCAACAUGCUCUUCACCUUCCUCAUCGCGCAGGCCUUCCUCUCCAUGCUGUGCCACAUGCGGGCGGGCAUCUUCUUCUUCUUCGCGGCAUGGAUCGUGGUCAUGGGGCUGUUCACCAUCUUCCUGCUGCCCGAGACGAAGAACGUCCCCAUCGACGAGAUGGUCGAGAUGGUGUGGAAGCAGCACUGGUACUGGAAAGGCUACAUGGACAAGGAGGAAGCCAAGGAAGACAAUGUUGACAUCAUUUAGGGUUGCUUCCUCGUUGCAAACUUCACCUUCUUCCCCAUGCACGCACGUAGGCGACAUUUUCCAUCGAUGAUCUCAGUGUGCCAACACACUCAAGAUUGUUUCUUGAUUUCUUCUUUCCAAAACAAUGGUAGCUUUACAAGACAACAUUGAUUCUGUAGAUUCGCAAGAACGAUAAA